AUGGCGCCCGUCACCCUGUCGAUCGACGUGGAGAUGUACAGCGCCGCCCACAAGAUCCGCAAGUCCAUCAAGUACAUGGAUGGGGUGAACGAGGUGUUGUUCCUCGAGAACGGGCGGGUGGUGGUGACCGGCAACCCCGACGCGGAGGCGCUCAAGGAGCGGCUCGAGUCCAGGCUGCGGACGAGCGUCACCAUCGUGAGCCCCCGCCCGGCGGAUGACGAUGACGACGACGACGACGACGACGCGGAAUCGAGCACCUGGACCGGGGCGCGCCGCAUCCACGAGCCGCCGUCGCUCCAGCCCGUCCCGCCGUUCCCCGACUACUCCGCCAUGCCCUCGUACCCGCCGUACGUGUGGUACGGCGCCCCGCCGCCGGAGGAGGCCCCGGCACGACACAGCACCCCGACGACGGAGGUCACCUACUCCCACCCGGUAUACGCAGGAAGCGGGUGGGGCGAGUCCGACCCGUACCAGAACGUGCCCGACGACGUGACGGCCUACCUGAACGACGAUAACGCCAACAGCUGCUCCAUCAUGUGA